CUCUGAACAUAGCUUAAAGUGUCACACUAUAAUGUUUCCCCCAGUUCCAUGCGCUCGAUGCCAGACGACACUGCCUCAAGCCAGAGCGCCUUGGCCAGCUAGGAAGCGAUAAUUCUUACCUACUCAGAACCAAAGUUUUCAACAAUAUUCGUACCUACUGCACAGCAAUGAUCAUCCCUGUUCGUUGUUUCACGUGCGGUAAAAUUGUAGGGAAUAAAUGGGAGGCGUACCUCGGUCUUCUCCAAGCAGAGUACACUGAAGGCGACGCCCUUGAUGCUCUGGGUCUGAAGAGAUACUGCUGCCGCAGGAUGCUUCUUGCCCAUGUUGAUCUCAUUGAGAAGCUGUUGAAUUAUGCUCCGUUGGAGAAAUGAUAGUUUACAGAAAACACAUCUAUUCCGUCUUAUGAAUUUAUGACCUUCAUUUCACCUCAUUUCUUUAAUCAAUCCCAGGACCCUCAUGCAUGGAUAUUAAGGCAACUAGAUCAUCAAACCAGUACUCCAUUUGUAUUAUUUUCUAAAUAAACGUUGACAAAUGUG